AAUUUCUAACCGCACUUACACCAGUGGAUCUUUCGGAUGUUCCAAUAAAUCGUAGUUUAUACAGAGCGAUCAAUACACAUAAUGAGAGAUCGAGCAUCUGGAUGGACGAUAGAUAUCGUCCAAACGAUGGGGAACUCUAACAGACGAGCAUCGGCGGACGUACCCGAAAAUGUGACGCGAGAAAUGAGUACGAUAGAUGAAGCAUCACGAUCAAGUUCAGAUGCCAGCGAUGAUAAUUCCAGUACGGAAACUGAAUCUAAUAGAUAUCAUAAAGUGGGAUUAGUAAACAAUUUGCACGGUGACAUUUACCAAUUAAAAAUACAAAUGUUAUUCUUGAGACGUGCUUUAGACAAGGGCUAUGCUUCAUUUGAGUUGAGCACGGAAGAUGCGAAAGCAGAGAAAUUUAAUGAUAUAGUUUUUAUUGUCAGAGAAAAGGGUAACACUGAUAAGAUAUUACUUUUGCAAGCGAAACAUAGCCAAGAUCAAAGUAAAACAAUCAAGCGGUCCAACUUGCUCAGUGAAAGGGAUCAGGACUUCAGCCUCGCGAUGUAUUUUAAAUCCUAUCGUAGGAUUAUAAAGGAAUAUUCGUCCGAUGAGUGCGAGAAUUUCAUUGUUUUUACUAAUGCCCGCUUCGAGUUGCCGAAAUCAGAAGAGGAACUAAUUUAUAAAACAAAGCUUCGAAAUUUUAACGACAUUCUGGUUCUGGAUUCAGGCAAAUCACCAACAUUUUAUAAAUUUAGCGUAAACAAGGAUCAUGAGCUAUAUAAGAUGUUAGAAAGAACGUCGGACCUGCAUGAAUUGGCAAAAGAAUUGAAGGAUCACGUAGAUGAGAACAAGACCGUGAGUCGAGGAAGUAACAUUUCCAAGCUGAGUCAAAUAUUUGAUAUUGAAUUGAUAUCGAACGACAUCGUAAUUCGCGAUGAAUUUGUGAGGGAUCUGAAUUUGACCACGGGGCUGAAAAAAUUUCGAGAUGUUUUUCGGGAGGCUUUGGGAUAUGAGGAUACUACCGAGUUUCGGACAAACCUGGAGAAAAUAAAGUUACCCGUAUCCGUGCAGUUCGCGAAAUUAUUCCGAAAAACACCUCGAGAUAAAUUGCCCGAGUUAACGUACGAGGAGAUCGAAGACACGGAAAUAAAAAAUUUUUUGGACAAGUUAGUGUUCGCAGUAGGACAGCCCGACGAGGUCGAACUAGGUGAGAUUAUUGCGAAGGAGCUAGGGGAUCAUAGUAAGUUCAACCUGCUUAGUCCGGGUCUGGUAGCUGAUUCGUUUCAAAGGGAAAUGUUGGAUUGGUUUAAAGAGAAAGGUAAAGAAAAGGGAAAAGAAGGUACAGUUCUUGAUGCUGCGAAAAGCAAGAAAUUAUUUGAUAGGAUAGAACAGAAAGUUAGCAGCCUAAUAUCGGUAGGGUUGACUUUAUCGUAUCGCGAAGAGAUUCAAGCAUACGGCACGACGUUUGAAGAUAAUAAUGUCGUCGAUGACAUAAGACGUUUUCUCUCAUCGGAAGAUUCCUCGAAGAAGGUUUUGCAUGUCGUGGCUCAAGAAGAAACAUUAUUAAGCGCAAUUAAUGUAUACGGCGCGCUGGGGAAAUUGAAGCAAUAUUCCAAACGCGACAGUUAUAUUUUCAUGCGAUUGAGCACCUUUUUAAGACCGGAAACACAAAAGUGUGUAAUGAACGCUUUCAAAUCGGAUGCAGUUAGCCAUAAUUUGAUAAUAAUAGACUGCGAGUCUGGAGUUUCACAAGAUACGCGAACAUUGUACGAGACAAUAUUAAAGAUUUUGUUGCGACCAAAGAAGAAAGUUAUUGUAAUUUCCAAGGAACAUGAUCCUCUAGCUGUUCGAUUUACAGAGAAAUUCGAGCAUAUUGUUACAGAAGAUAAUAUUGGUUUUUGUGAUCUUACUGAAGAGUCGAACGAAAAACUUUUGAAUAAAGAGAUAACGUUACAAGGAGAAAAGAUUCGUUUGAACGAAAUGAUAUACCGUUGGAAUAAAAAUGUGAAACAAAUGAUUGACGCGAAAACAUUGGUUCGACUUAUUACCGAUCAAGAGAUCAAGAUUGGGUGUAGGCCACCAGGAACGUGUGAUUUAGAAGGAGCGCAUUCUAAGUUGUUUGUUGAGGUCAAUAUGAAAACUAUCGUGGAUGAAUUAUUGUUAGAAGAAUCAAGCGAUAUUUACAUAAUUAGCGGGAUACCUGACUCGAACAUGGAGGACACGUUCAUUGGAUAUCUAAAUAGCGGAAUGGAACAAUCCCAAAUUGAUACUAUCAAGGAUCGUAUAGAAAUAUUGUACCCAUCGAAUGUUACCAGAACCAUUGCUCGAAGAAUACAAAUAACUUGCGGCCAGUUUAACGAAAGAGAUUUCAAGCAAAUAUGCCGGAGCAAUCCCGAAAGCAAGAUUUAUUGGAUUGAUGUAAAAGUUGAAGGCGGUCUAUGUAAAUUCAACUUGGCACAAAUUUAUGAUCCCGGCUUUUACGUACAAGGGAAAAGAUUUAGUGGUACUAAAAUAGCUAUCGAUAAGAAUGUAAAAGAAUAUUUAGCGAGCUCCGAACUUUCGGAAAUAUUUAUUUUUUCGGGAAUCGACAGAGAGAAGAUCGCAAGCUGGCUUCAAUUUAACGAUCAAUUACAAUGUCAACAGUUCAAUGAAAAUUGUAACCUCAAUAAGAUUGUGUUUUCUACAUCUUCCCUAGAAGAUUUUUGGCGAGAUCGAAAAUACCAAUCAAUUCACCUUCUUGAUUUUGAACAUGACCAAGACCAGCUUAUUUGGCUUCUAUCCUAUGGUUCGUUACAGAAUUUAUGCAAAUACAGAGCUAAAGAUUAUAGGAAGGCCGAAUCUUUACUAGGAGAAGAUGAUUUAAUUGAAGAAAUUAAAAAUGAGAAGUCGGUAAUCAUCGCUGGUGAUCCGGGAAUGGGCAAAAGCACUGUUUUGACUAAGUUGUACGAGUCAAAGUCGAUGAUUAGGACACAUUGGAUUAUUAGAGUGAAUCUCAGUGAACAUUUGCAAGCGAUAAGAGACAUUGAGUUCAGUAAGGGCAAACGAGAAGCAGAGAUAAAAAUAAUGGAUUUUUUAUUACAAGUCGACGAAAGCCUAAAGGACGAUUUAGCGAGAAGUUUAUUAAGAAUAGCGUUGCGGAAGGGUAAUUUCUCGAAGCAUCUGUUAAUAGUAUUUGACGGAUUCGAUAAAAUAUUGGAUAAAGCGGACAGAGACAAAAUUGUUUCAUUGUUGCAACAUUUAGAGGAUGAAACUGAGGCCAAAUUUUGGAUUACUACUCGUCUGCAUUACGAGGAGACUUUAGAAGGCGAACUAAUAGAAUUUGCUAGAAAGCUCGAGCCAAUGGAUAAGGAAUCGACAAGGGAAUUCAUUGUGAAAUAUUUAAGCAAUCGUCUACGCUUAAUUUUAAGUAAGGAACUAUUUGCAAACAUUUUUGGCGAGAACGGGCAAGGAAGCGAGAUGAUAAACUUGUACAUCGAUGGAUUUUUACGUAAGAUGCAGGAUUUAUUUAAAGAUGAUAUGUCCAAAUUUAUUGGCACUCCGUUACAGAUCUAUUUAAUGUUAGAACAUUCUGAAAGAUAUUGCGUAACCCGGGACGGUUUAAAUAACGACUUCAGCUACUUAGGUAACAAUAUAUGGGAAGUAUAUGAAAAUUUUAUUCAGAGAAGGUACGACACAUAUUUUCGUAAAGCGGGCGUCAAGGAACGAUCAAGACGGAAACAGGGUCAAGCAUUUGUUGAUAGUUAUUGCGGAGAUCUAGCUAUAUCUUUACCGCUGAGAUUGCCGGUAACAAAAUCUCUCGAAGAAUUUAAAGAUGUGCUCCUGUCACCUGGAAUUCUUAGAUGCCACGGCGACGACAUCGAGUUCUCUUAUCCAACUUUUAAAGAAUAUUUUGCUGCCAGAGAGAUUAUGAAUUGGAUAGAUAAAUGGAAAAGGGGGAGUCGGGGGCGUCAACUGAUUCGUGAUUUUUGGAAGGACUACUUAUUAAUGGAGCUUCUAUUGAAACCAGAUUAUCGAGUUAUUCGACAAUUUUUAAAUGCCAAACUCUCCAAAGAGAACAUCGAGAAUGUGCAAUUGCAGGAGUUCUAUUACAAUGAAAACAUUCUAUUCGUAGCAGUCGAGGAAAAUAACGUUGGAAUCGCAAGUUUCGCGUUGAACAAUAUUUCAACCGCAAAUGUUAACACUUGUGACUGCUCGGGCAAAUCAAUUUUGCAAAGAGCAGCUCAACUUGGUAACUUGGAGAUGGUUAAAUUUCUGGUAAAGAAAGGUGCUGAUGUUAAUGCUAAAACGAAUAAUGAAAUAUCAGCUUUACGCUUUGCUAUUGGAGUCGGUGACUGGAAGAUAGUUAAAUUUCUGGUAGAUAAUGGUGCAAACGUUAAUGAUAGAACCAGUAAUGGAUACUCAGUUUUACACUUUGCUGUUGGAAAGGGCCGCUUGAGAAUUGUUCGAUUUCUGGUAAAGAAUGGGGCUUGGAAACGGGUGUGCCUGGCCCGUCGAGCAACUCGGCAACCAUCCCCGAGCUCCAUCGCUAUGCCACGUGGACGUCGGAACGGGGAAUCCUCUCGUACACCAGCGCAGAAUCCCCUAGUAUCGACACUCCGCCAAGGACCCGCAGUUGAUCUAAUCCUAGGGAACCUAAGGAGAUCCGAAAAUCAUCUAGGAAACAUUCAGGAGAAGUCUAGGAACGUUUUAGAAAAGGCUAUGGGAAUUCUAGGAACAUAUGGAGAAGUUAAGAAAAUGGUGCUGGAGAGAAAAGAAAAAAGAGUGGAAUUCCUGGGUAUAAUUAUAGAGUUCAAGUAA